GAAAUUCAAGAACAAGAAGCUAUUGGAUGGUAUGGGAAGUUCAGUGAAGUCCUGAAAAAAGUGCAGAAUGCAAAGGAAGCUGAGCGCGCUGCUGCUUUAGCAAGAUUAAAGGAAGUAGCCACAGCCGAAACUAAAUAUCCGGAAAUGUUGAAAGAAUUUCUGGACACUCAAAAAGAAGUAGCACCAGCUUUGAAACUGGCCGAAAAAGAGGAAUUGACGAAGAAGAAGCGUGCCUCGAGGAAGAAAGAAAAGGAAAAGAAGGAUGAGAAAAAGGAAGAAAAUUCGUUUUGUUACGAAUUCGACGUGGAACUUGUAUGCUGUGGAGCUGUGGCUAUGGAGCAGACCAUUGUUCAGUGUAUUGGUUACAGCGAGGGCGGCAAAUGCGGCUACUGCAAUCGUGACGUUGCACUGGAUGGUGAUCAAGCUGGGCUUUCGGUGUUUGGUUUUAGCCAUCCAUGUGGAAGCCAGAAACUUGUAAUCAAAUUUCACUCCUUGCGUGUGUGUUACAUGUGGAGUAUUACAUGUGGUAUCGCUUUACAGGCAGUGUAA